GAGGAAAAUUGAAAUAAAAGUGAGGGAACGAGAGUGAAAUCAACAAAACAAGAUGACACAAUUACUGUACAUGGGAGUGAAAAAAGCGAAAAUUUUUUUCACAAAAAAAUUCGUUAUCAAAACGUCGUUUUUAUGCCGUUACAUCUUCACAUGUGAAACACACGUUUUUUUCGUUUGUUUGUUUGUUUCAUUCGAUUCUUGAUCAUAAAAAAUGACAAAAAAUUAUCAUCAUUCUUUACAAUUCUUAUUGUUAAUUGCUGCUGCUAUAAUCAUUCCGAUCGAAUGUGAAAUUGAAUCGAUUAAAGAAUCAUCAUCAUCAUUCGAGUUUACUGUAUUACCACCAAAACAUUCGGAUAUAUUAAUCAAAAAUGGACGAAAAGAAUAUGAAACAUUAUUGGAAAAACGUAACAUACCUGUAUAUGGUAAAUGUUGGGAACUGGCUAUUGAACGUUUAGAAGAAAAUUGUAAUCAAAUGAAUGAAUUACGACAAUCAUGGUUAUCAAUAUCAUUUACAUCAUGUUUUCUUCAAAAUAUGGGUAGUAAAUUGAAUAUUGAUUCCUGUCAACAAGUAAUCCGAUGGAAUGAUAAUGAUAAUAUUGGUCAUAUUAAACCGGAAUUUUCAUCCAACCGAGACAAAAUAAAAGAAUGUACACGUAAUAUGAUUGAUUCCAAUCUAUUCAAUACAUAUACAAUGUUUUUUAUUCAUACACAAAGUAUUUGUUUUUAUCUACAAUCAGAAAAAUGGCAAAAAAAUACUGAAAAAUUAGUGAAUAAUCUUGUUCAUGAUGCACAUAUUGUUUCGAAUGAAUUAACAACAGCUGUUGGUCAGAUACAAAAUUUAGAACAAUUACAACAUUCAUCAUUGGAAGCACAGAUAACAAUAAAUCAUGAAUUAAAUCAAGCUAAAAUGAAUUUGGAACAAUUUCAACGACAAACAAGAAAACAACAAGAUUUGAUUGAAAAAAUUAUUACACAAUUUACAGUGUUACAAGAUUUUCUUAUCACUGAAUUUUCAACAAGUUCAACAAUAUUUUUCUAUAUAAUAACAAUGUUGGUUAUUUAUUUUAUCACAACACCAAAACGAACUAUUGAUAUUCGUUCAUGGUUAUAUAUGAUUAUGAUUGUUUGUUUCUUUUUCGAGAAAAAAGGACUGGAAUAUUUAUGCUGGUGGUUGAAUUUAAUUCCAUCAAAUUUAUCAUCAUCGACGAAUAUAUUCGAUUCAAUCAUACAAAUGCAAUGGGAUAUGAAUCAAAAAAUAUGGUUAUUAAGAAAAUCGAUGCUUUUCACACAGGCAUUCAUAUUUAUUUGGAGAUUUUUAACCUAUAAAGAUAUGAAUGAAAUUAAUAAUCAAAUUCUUUGUACGAAUGCAUCAAUUUUAAGAAAUAUUCAUCAAAUGUUAACAAUCGAUAAUCAUAAAUAUACGAUACCAUCAAGAAUAUUAUCAAAUGAAUCGGAGUAUAGUACCGAAGAUGAUGAUGAUAAUGAAUCAUCAUUAUCUGAUUAUGAAACAGAUGAAUCAUUUCAACCAAAUGAUGACGAUAGUUUUGAUUUAAAUCAAUCAAAAAAUUCAUAUAAUUUUCGACCAAAUCGCUCCACAAUAUUUAUUGAUAAUGAAGAUUCGAAUCAUCGACUAUUUCGAUCACCGGAACGAUUUGUUUGGAAACAGGAACAAAACUCACGAUUAUACGACAAAUGAAUUUCCAAAAUGAAAUUAUUCGACAUUUUUUUCUUCUUUCUUUCUUUCUUUCAUUGAUAUUUAAAAUUUAUUCAAAUAAAAUAAAAUUCAAUU